CUACUUCCUCAACCUGGCCUUCCUCAAAAUGUCGCUCCUCUUCUUCUACCUCAAGAUUUUCCCAAAGAGGACGGUGCGGCUGCUGCUCUGGGCCACAAUUGGUUAUAAUGCCAUCUGGGGCGUGGCGUUUAUUCUCAUCGCCGUGUUUCAGUGCCAGCCCAUCGACUACUACUGGACCAACUGGGAUGGCGAGCACACCGGCACAUGCAUCAACGCCAACAGCCUCGGCUGGGCCAAUGCCAUCACCUCCAUCGCUCUCGACAUCUGGAUGGUUGCCAUCCCGCUCUUUCAGCUCAGGGAUCUUCAGCUGCACUUUAAGAAGAAGAUUGGCGUCGGCAUCAUGUUCUGCACAGGAACCUUCGUCACGGUCAUCUCCAUCGUCCGCCUCCAGACCCUCAUCACGUUCGCCAACUCGAGCAACCCGACCUGGGACAACCUCCGCGUGUCGCAGUGGAGCACGAUCGAAGUCAACGUGGGCAUCAUGUGCGCCUGCAUGCCGGCCCUGCGCCUCAUCCUCGUCAAGAUAUUCCCGCGCCUGACGUCGACCCGGCGCGGCUACGGCACCAACGCCUCAUGGGGCGCCGACAACUACGCCACAGGCGCCUCGAGGACGCUCCGCAGCCAGGCAAGGGUAGGGAUCGAGUCUAACAACACGUCGAAAUCGGGGGGAGGAAGCAGUGUUGGUGGUGGAGGAGGCUGGGGCGCAGGGAAAGGUAUCACGUACCAGCGGUCCUACACGGUGCAGUUCCACGACGCCGAGACGUCGAGCCAGGUGCACCUCAAGGAUCUUGACUCUAAAGGGUUGGAGGCCCAAACAAACGUCAGCGACUGGUCAGCAUAGUAUUCUGAUUCUUUUUCUUUGUGUGUACAGAACCCGGCUCUCCGAUGCUUUCACGCUCUCGGAGAAUGACACUUGGCCACUGAGGCAGCAUCCGGCUGGCAUGAUAUGAAAGGAAAUGGGAUCACCAAGUCGGAUCAUCAAGGGGAAAGGAAUGGCAGCAAAUAAAAAGAAAAGACAAAAAGGGGACAACGAAGAAAAGAAAAGAAUACAGAAACAGAAAAGAAAAAAAACAUGAAAAGAAGUGGGGGAAAAUAAUCCCUCAUUAAUCUGAAUUCGAUGUCUUCUUCCUUCACCUUGAAGUGAAUAGGUGGUCGGGCUGGAGUCCAAGGGUUCUUUCAUACGGGUAGCGUGUGUUCUCAGACAGUGCAUCAUCGGCCGGAGUUUUUUGCGUGGUGCUGCUUCUUUUUCUUUUCUUGUGGCCUUUCCAUGAUAAUCAAAAUUUAUUCUGAACAAGAAG